CCCCCAAAUUAUCUGAUGCACCAAACCCCGCCCUACACUACCUGGAGAGUUUACGAUUCAGGAGCCUGGCUCCUCCCAGCUCUUCCUUCUCUUUUAAUCCUUAAUUAGAUAGCUUCCCCUCUAAUGCUUUUGCAGGGGAAGCAGCAGCACCUUCCACAUCCUGCUAGAAACUGCGCUGCCCGGCAUGAGAGUCGCCCCGCUCCUGGUGGCCAGGGCGGCAAGCCUUCACCUUGGCCUCCUGCUUCUGCUCUCCGUCUGCCUGGACCCAGGGGUGGUCGCUAAGGAGCUGAAGUUUGCGACACUGGUUUUUAGGCAUGGAGACCGAAGUCCCAUUGAUACCUUCCCCAAUGACCCCAUUAAAGAAUCCUCGUGGCCACAGGGAUUUGGCCAACUCACUCAGGUGGGCAUGGAGCAGCAUUAUGAACUUGGAGAGUACAUAAGGAAAAGAUACGGACAAUUCUUGAACGAGUCCUAUAAACAUCAACAGAUCUAUGUUCGAAGCACAGACAUUGACCGGACCUUGAUGAGUGCUAUGACAAACCUGGCAGCCCUGUUUCCCCCAGAGGGUAUCAGCGUCUGGAAUCCCAAACUACCCUGGCAGCCCAUCCCUGUGCACACAGUCCCAGUUUCUGAAGAUCAGUUGCUAUACCUGCCUUUCAGAAACUGCCCUCGUUUCCAGGAACUUCAGAGUGAGACUUUGAAGUCGGAGGAAUUCCAGAAGAGGCUGCGCCCUUACAAGGAUUUUCUAGACACGUUGGCAAAAUUUUCAGGAUACCACAGCAAGGACCUUUUUGGAAUUUGGAUUAAAGUCUACGACGCUUUAUUUUGUGAGCGUACCCACAAUUUCACUCUGCCCUCCUGGGCCACAGACGAUGCCAUGACGAAGUUGAAGGAAUUAUCGGAAUUGGCCCUCCUGUCCACCUAUGGGAUCCACAAACAGAAAGAGAAAUCUCGACUGCAGGGGGGUGUCCUGGUCGGGGAGAUCCUCCAACACAUGAAGAGGGCAACUGAGCCAUCAAACCACAGGAAACUUGUCAUGUAUUCUGCGCAUGACACAACUGUGAGUGGCCUGCAGAUGGCGCUAGAUGUUUACAACGGACUCCUUCCUCCCUAUGCUUCCUGCCACUUGAUGGAGUUGUACUUUGAGGAGGGGGAGUACUUCGUAGAGAUGUACUAUCGGAACGAGACGCACCACGAGCCCUAUCCCCUCACUCUGCCCGGCUGCACCCCCAGCUGUCCUCUGACGAAGUUCACUGAGCUGGUUGCCCCAGUGAUCCCCCAGGACUGGUCCGCGGAGUGUAGAAUCACGAACAAACAUGAAGGUAGAAUCACGACCAAACAUGAAGGACUGCAGGCAUUGCUACGGGAACAAGAGCUACCUGGGUUCGAGGGAGAGGUAGACAUGCCAGAGGGGAUUCUGGCAGGAGGUGACAACUGACCAUCUGGAAUCAGUGUGGAUGGCGGGUCCCAUGGCAGUGGUGCCAGGCACUCGAAAGGCAUGUCAAACACCCUAGCGGCUUGAAGCCGGAAAGGAUAGGGGACUUCCUCUGCCAAAGAUUCAGGGUUCGAAGAGGUCCCCACAGGUUUCCUUCAAGAGGCCCGUUCUAAAGAGAUAAAAUGUCAUCUCCACAAGAGCAAGGAUUCUACCUGUUGUGUUCUAUGCCGCAUCUGUCCUCAGCACCUGGGAGUGCCCACAUCUGGCAUGGAUUGGUGCUCAGUGUGUGUGUGCGUGUGUGUGUGUGUGUGUGAGAUAUAUAUAUAUAUAUAUUUAGUUACCUUUCCUCCCUGAGCCUCCUCUGACAGGGAGAGAAAGAGAUUUGUUGUUCCACUUAUUUGUGCAUUCACUGGUUGAUUCUUGUACAUGCCCGACCCGGGAUCAAGCGCACAACCUGGGCGUAUUGGGAUAAUGCUCUCUAACCAAUGCAGCUACCCCGCCAGAGCAGACUCCAUCCUAACUAGCAGCCGUCUCCAGUAACCCGAGAGGCAGUUUUGACCCCACCCUCUCCUUCAUCCUCCACAGCUCAUCUGUCGCCUCUGAUCAAAUCUGCCUGUAUUAUGUUCGUAGAAAUCUUUUCCUCAAAACACCACUGUCAGCAAGUCAAGGUUCAUAUAGAGUGACAUAUAAUUAGGCGGCAGAAUAUGGGGCUAAAAAGAACACUCGGGGAUGGUGUGCGGGGGCCAGCUCAGACAGACCAGCGGUGGGAUGUAUGUGUUAAGAGUCUGUAAUGUGAGGUGGUCUUCAACAACAUGAAUUUGAUAUUGGAACUUAUUUAAGUCGAAUGGAUUGCGUUUGUUCUAUACAGUCUCACACAGUGAUGCUAAGGGCCACAGGUGGACAUUUCAGGGAGACAGACUGUGUUCAUGUCGGGGAGUUUCUGGGACUGAAAGUGUCCCCUGGGUUGGGGGGUCACUUGCCUCAAUAGAGACUGUAGAAUCAUGAAAGGUCGUCGGGGUUGAGUGACUCCUUAGUAGGCCACCAAACUUGGCAAACAGAAGUACAGGAUGCCCAGGUAAAUUUAAUCAAUAGCUCUAACUGCUGAAUUUGUAUAACUUAUGUUUUAAAAGGCCAAAGUAAGGAGACUUAGGGUGGUCUGAGGAAGCAGGACAAAACCAUUAAAUAAGAUGUAUCUUAGGUCUACAGAACGCCUGGUGACCCUGCUGCACCUUAGGGCUUUCCCACCCGUGAAAUCCUGCUCACACCUGUAGGCAGUGUUUUCAGCUGGUAGACCAAUUAAUUUAAUUCUCAUGUCAAUUAAAUUAACCAGAGCCUUCGUUAGAAAAUUCACGAUAAGUCUAAGUUCCAUACUGUGUUACUUAAGAAUAAUAAUUUUUUUUUUAGAAAAUGCUUUUUUAUUUAGUUCUAAAACUUUGCUACACAAUCAGACUUUCUUCACCAGCAGUCUCCCAAUCCCUACCCCAAUUUCCAACUCCAGUUAAUUCUUCUUUUAAAGAUUUUAUUUCUUUAUUUUUAGGGAGGGGAAGGGGGAAAGAGAGGGAGAGAAACAUCAAUGUGUGGUUGCCUCUUGCAUGCCCCCAUGGUUUCAUAUGAAGGAGGUUUAAGGUAGGCAGUUCCCAUUUCCCCUGACGCUCCUUGUAAAGUUGAGAAACUACAGCACGUAAUACACAUGCCCAAGAGUCAACCAUGAGCCUUCAAGGUGGGAUCCAUACCUUUCUGCUCCUUGAAC